AUGGAAAGUGAAGAGGCAUUGGUAGUAAGUGAAUUGUAUGAUUUCUAAUAAUUGCUUACUAAAAAAGUAAAGGAUAAUUUUUAUUUGAUAUUAAUAAUGAGAAAUGAUAAUUCCCCUGUUAAUUAAUAAACUAAAGGUAAUGUGAGUAUUCAGAAUUAAUCUCCAAGAAAACAACACACACCUUAAGAUACAAUGUAAUAGGUCUUACAAUUCAAUCCUUAAUUAUUAAAUCUAAAAUCCUCUUCGCCUCACAGACCAAAAGAUUAACCAAAGGAAAGCUUCUACUUUGUGUAGGAUGAUGGCUAAAGAUAAUAAGAAACAUAGCUUAAGUUUAAUAAAGUGAAGAAUAAUUACCAAAUUACUAAGCAGUUAACAAAUAGAAGCGAUAAACAACGAAAGCGAGUUGAUCUGUCGAGCAAUGUAUUUGAGAAUACUCAAAAUGCGGAUGUGAUUUCUAAAUCCCCUGAGAAUUAACAACUAAUUAAUACGUCAGUCUAAUGGACAAAUGUGCAUUAUGGUAAAGUACUUACUUCUGUGAAUGAGAAGGCAGAAUUUGGUAAAGAUUAUGCAAAACAAAGGAAACACCAAGAUCUACAACAAUAAUAUCAGGAGAGUACAAAACAUAAAAGCCCUUCAAAAAUAAUAGAGAAUGAGAUUAAUAUUUAGUCUAAGAAAUAAAAUUAACAAUUCUCUGAUGUUUUUGGGCAGGAAUUGGGAAACAAAGAAAGAAAGUGGUUAAGACCAUAACGUAGUCUUUCCCCUUAAAUAAAAUGGACAGCCUUCGAUAGUACUCGAGAUUACAAAGAUUUCGGUGAUAUGAGUAUUAAAGUAUAAACCUAUAUUACGAUUUAUAGGAGUCAAAGUUACGCAACAUAAACACUGAUAAUCAAAAGGAUAAUCAGAAAGACACUCAUAAAUUGAAUCACCCUCUGACUUCGCCAUUUUUUGAUGUAAACCAUAUAAUAGCAAUAUUGAUAGUGUCAAAUAUCCUAUGAAAAGAUCAAAGGGUAAUAUAAACAAUAGAAUUAAUUCAAACACGUAGAGAAUGGGUCUUCAAAGCAAUUUGGACAAGAGAAAAAGAUCGAAUAGAGUAGUAGUAAUAAAAAAUAUGAAGGGAUCUACUCCUGGAAAAACAACUAUUAAAAAUGA